AUGUACCUCACGGCUGAGCUGGAAGGCACAAAUAAACAAGGGGGCUUUUAUUUCACGAAGGAAUUGAAAAAGCGCAUCUCAAAGACGACGCCUUCGUCGAGCGACACGCCAUGUUGUUUGAGUGCGUGUUUCUGUGAAUCUCCUCGCUACCCGAACACGCUGUUCGAACUGGACCCGACGACUCUGACCAAGAUGGACGCUUACGUGCCAAGGCAGUCCUACGUGCGGUUGAGACAUGCUGAAACUGGUACCUGGGUUCACAGCACAUUCGUGAAAAUGGAUGCAGAUGCCGGUGAAGAUAGUGUAAUGCUGAAGGUGGGCUGCUCGGCAUGGAAGGAAGACAAAGAGGCUUUCGCGAUUUUGCCGGUGAUGUGUGAAGAAGUGCGCGAUCUAGACUUUGCCAAUGAUUCGUGCAAGGCAUUGGCAGAUUUUUUGCAACACAUCCGUGACGGUCGCAGUGUCGUCAAAGAAAAAUCGCACGUUCUGGAGCUGCUGACAGAGCUUAUAUUUUUUGUCACCAACACGACCAAUCAUCUCUCUGAUCCCUUGAAGUUGAAGGCACUAAAACCACUCCGUAAUCGUCAAAAAUUACUGCGUGAACAGAAGGUGCUACAGCAGAUUUUUGAAUUGCUCCGCGCUCCUUUCAUGACUUUUAAAGAUCGGCAGAUAUUCGAAAGUCCAAGUGUGCUCAGCAGACCCGGUAACGAGUCAUUUAAGCGCAUGUUCCAACUAAUGUAUACCCUCUUACGAUUCUCGCAGCAGUCGUAUCGCCGAAACCAGGUGUAUAUCGCAGAACGUUUCAUUCAUAUUCAACAGCAAAUCGGCUACGGGUUGAUGGCCGAAGAUACGAUCACGGCGAUUUUGCAUGAUAACACGAAACUGUUGGAAACAUAUGUAGAAAAAGCGCAUAUCGAGAAGUUUAUCGAGCUCGUUCGCAACAAUUCGGAGGGAAAGUUUCUUGACUACCUCACUUUGUUGUGCGUGUGUAAAGGAGAGGCGAACAAACGAAUUCAGGAACUGAUCUGUGAAUCUGUCCUUAGCAAGUCAAACAUGGACAUUCUCGUGAGAACCACAUGCGUUAAAGGUGAGGUGUAUCUGCAAUGGUGCAACAAGGAAGCGGUGUCCCUUCGAAGCGUGGCCGAGAACGCCAUGAAGUCUUCUGAGGAACAGACACUGCUCAACUACUAUCGGCACCAGCUUGAUUUGUUCUCGCAGAUGUGCCUCGACCGACAGUUCUUGGCUAUCAAUCCACCGGUCAAUAAGAAACUGCUGAAUUUGUCCAAGGAGCUGACCGUAGACACUAUACUUCAGUGUAUGUGCGACGAAACGUUGCCAUUUGAUCUCCGAGCGAGUUUCGCUCGAUUGAUGCUACACCUGCACGUUGUGACCGACCUGCAACAAGUGAUUCCCGUACGGUACGCCAGACUCUGGAAGGACAUCUCUUCCAGCGUCUCCAUUAUGAGGUACAAGAAUCAAGAACUAAUGGGACUGAUUGAAGAAAAUCAACGACUUCUUUUGUCAAGCGAUCGGUUCAACGGCCUGCUACGAUACGUAGAGAAAUAUCUAAAAUCCUUGAAAGACAGUAAAUUUCUUAUCAAGGAACAGAAUGCUUUAACAUUGGAGAUUGUAAUGCUCACUCGCGCCUUGGUCAACUUUGGAUUUUUCAAACUUUAUGAGUUGCUUUGUCUGGCCAGAGACUUGCUCAACAUUUUGGACAAUUCCAGUGUAACAAAGAAAAUUCAGGUUGUAAAAGCUCUUCAGCGACCGAAUAACCUCCUGGUUCCCCUGAAGCAAAUCGCUAAGCGUCCUUUGAGCAACGCCGAUUUAGAAAUGUCCGAAGAAGACAAACGUGUCGUUUUGCAAUGCAAACUCAAUAUCAUCGACAUAAUUACGGUGAGCAUGUUUUAA